AUGCUGGACCUCCACCCCUCCCAAAUCACAAGCUUGCACCGCUACAACCUCGUGCACGCCGUCCCCCUCGGGCCUCUCAACCAGCACUACUCCUCCAAACUUGUCCAGCACAAUGCAGAGAACGUCAUAAACUUACCUCCAGUGCUAUCCCAUAAGUUCUGCAAAAACUGUGGAGUACUAUGGAUUCCUGGCAUCACCGUCAGCAUUCGCAUAAUCUACAGGCACAAGUCCAAGGCUCGCAAGAACAUUGUGGGGAAGAAAACUUCGGCUUCGUCCAACAAAUUCUUGCCUGGAAGACGUCUACAACAUAAAUGCUUACAGUGUAAGUAUAAGGAUUUUGACACAUCGUUGAUACAGUCAAAUGCAAAAAGCGUGGAUUUGGACGUGGAUGAAAACAAAGUGGGCGAGGCCGGUCCUAAGAAAGAAAACUCCAAGUCUAGAGAAAGAACUAAAAAGCGCAAAAAGAAUACCCUUGGAAGCCUCCUUGAAGAGAAGAAAAAGCAACAAGCAGCAGCAAAGGGCGGUCUUAACUCAUUGAACUUGAUGGAGUUCAUGAAAUAA